UGAACUUUGACCACUUCCAGAUACUUCGGGCCAUUGGGAAGGGGAGCUUUGGAAAGGUGUGCAUUGUGCAAAAGAGGGACACGGAGAAGAUGUACGCCAUGAAGUACAUGAACAAGCAGCAGUGCAUAGAGAGAGAUGAGAAAGAAGAGCCGAGUUGGAGCUGAAUCUUCUUCCAGAAACCAGAAGCUGGUCGUUUUAAAAAACAAAUGACACCAGAUGGCUAUUUUUGGAUAUUAAUUCUGAAUCUGAGCCCAUGAAGCACACAUUUGAUAAUUACUGUGGUUUAAAAUGACCUUACUCCUCCCUUGAGUCUGAUAUGUGGGUGAAUGGAAGGCGCUUUCAUUAUUCAACACUCAUCUCCAAGCGGGACAGAUUUCUAAAUGUAAUUGGGGACCUGGCACGGCAUUCACAGCAUAUUACACAAAGCACUUUACUCCUCUGUAAUUGGUAGAAUGAUACUGCACGUGCUUAUCUUUUUCCAAACCGUCACUGGCAGAUUAUUUAGUUAUUCACGCGUCCGUGAUGCAUCGAUUAGAAGCAGAUAGUGAGAAGAUGAUUCCAGGCCCGGGCUCGUUCGCGACCCAGCGCAAGCGAUUCAAGUUUAAUCCACGGGAUCUUUUUUUCCUGCUGGAGAAGCCGCUCCGCUAAAACAAACUGAGGGAAUUUUAAUGAGCAUACAGUAGCAGGCCUGUGUAUUUUUUAUAGUAUAAUUCCCUGCAGGAGUGUGUGACUGCCAGAGCCUUCUGUGUUCUUGUUUUCCGUGUGCCGUGCGGCUCGGCUCUCGUUCUCUCGUAGUCAGCAUCCAGCAAAAUUUCAAUCGCCCGUUAAUGGCAGAGAUUUUAAACCGUAUCAUCGUGGCUACGUGGGUAUGAGAAGCUUCGUGCUUCAUACCUCCUUUCCCUGCUUUUUCCAGUAGGUCGACUCCACAGAGAUGCUCUCGCUCCGCUUCCGUCGUACAUCAAUGUACCACUCUGCUAAUGGUUCCACAGGCUGCUGUUAGUCUUGAGCCAGAUAAUCCACCUGCUCCUGCACGAGACCGGUAUCGUUGUAUGGUCUGUGGCUCUAAAGCGCGUUUACGCUUUAUCUUUUCAAGGAUCUGAGGAAUCUACUGCUCUGCUGGGGUUUUUCUCACCACACUGCAAAAUAACAAAGCGGAGGGUCGAGCAGCUUCCUGCAAAUCUAGUGGGAUCAUGUCGGUUAAAACUAGCAGUGGAUUGUCACUGUACAUUCCCGGUACUUUACCUCAGUUGUGUGUGUUUAAUGGAUCCUGUGGAUCAGAUCUGUAGAUGGCAGGAUCUCCCACUGCCAUUAGAUGAUGUGACAGCAGAGAACAUCAAACCGCUGUGUUUGCAUGCAGCUGCUACUGUACAAGUGUGUCGGUGCAGCAUGCACGAAGCAGCUGUGUCGCCUCGUCGUGUCAUAGAAAAUUGGAAACAAAUGAAAACAAUUUAUUGUAAUUCAUCUAUUUUACAAAUCGUCAGACAGUAGGAGCUUGACAGGCUUGGCUCCGAGCUCCUCGGGUAACGGGCUUUAAUACAGGAUGGCCUUAAAGAGCAUCUGCAGCCCAUCCAUGCGCAGAAUACUAAAAAAUGAUAUGCUCGAAGAAUGUAUAAUUCAAGGAAAGUUCUCCUCAGGCUGUGGAGAGCAGAACAGCGCAAGAGAUAAAAUAAAUCAAUUUAUAGCUGAAGUCUAUGGUGCCUUUGUUAUUUCUGCCCCAGUUUACUCAGACACCUCAUGUGCAUUUGUGUGUGACAGCUUUCUGACGUGUUGCAGCCGCAUGCCUCGUUUCAUUCCGCCGCUGCUUGACACGGCAUCUCAGCUUGGGCACGUAAUGAGAUAGGACUGACGAUGAGCCCCUCUUCAUCCUCCAGUCAUCUGUCUUACUCUAGAACGACUAAAGGGACAAAUUGCUUCGGGACGUGGGUAUGUUGUUUAGCUGAUUCCCUGUAGAUUAGACAUUUGCAUGUAUCGAUAUUGUUGGGUUGUCAAACAAAGUGUUAGGAGCACUGGGACUUGGUAUUUGGGCACUUCAGAGCAUUAAUAAUGGAUGUACAAUAGACUGCUGCUGCUGGGGUUUUGGGGAACUGCCUGUUUUUAAACGUAAAUAAAUAAAGCAUCAGACUGAUGAGAAAGUUUUAUUGAUAAAGUGUCGGUAUGAAAGCGUAGAGACAGAGGAACAGGAAAUCGCACCGAUCAGCUGUCAGACACAGUGAUGAUGCAAAGGAAGUACUGAUGUUGGCUGGUUUUGUCCAAUAGCGGAUGUACAGCCUAAGAGCAUUGGUGAGGUUUUCCGCCAGCUCUCACAGCUGUCUCUGGUUUUCAACGGCUUCAUCCACGUCUCGGGAGGAAAUUCAUUAGGAGGCAACUUGCGAAAGCAGUGCCUGAAUCCUGUCAGCUGGUUAAAGGCCGCUCCAAGCCGGGCGAGCGUCGCGGUAAUUGCUGCGGCGACCGUUCCCUCGCCGCCGUGGAUGCGACUCGUGGGAGUCCAAGGUGCGCCGAAUGGAUUAGUUCGUCGGAGGAGAAAUUAACUAUCAUCUGCUGCGCACACACACAAAUCCCUUGGAGGGAUUUGCGACGCACGAGGAGACGCCAACUUCUCCUUCCUGUGACACAUGCGCUGGGGUCACCUCUGCCCGCCCCCGAAAGCCGGGAAUAACGAGCGCCGAGGCCUGGCGAUAAAUUCCACCCUUUGUUCUGAGAAGUGCACGGCGUCAUUCAUAAAAGCGGCGUUUCUCCUUGAGCGUGACAUCACCACAGACACCAUCGGCCCUUCUUUCUCCCCCAAGGCCUUGCGGAUGGCAGUGGUGAAUCACGGCCAAAUGGACCCUGGCUCAUUUCUGCUGAACGCAGGGUUGUCGUUAGAGCGUGUGAGCUUCAAACACAGUCCCGCGGGAUCGUCUUAAAGGAUUUAAAAAGGUUUCAAAACCAAAAUAGUGGUGAGUCAUCUCGAGAAGCGGCAUGUGGUGCUUUCCUGUUAUUGUCCGUUCCCUUCACCACCAUCGAAAAGCAGAGCGAGAGGAGCUGUGAGGAUGGAUGCGUUGUGUCCUGUUCAGCCUCCAUUAGGAAUAUUGAUUUUAGGCCUGGAUGGAAUAAGGCCUUAGGAGGCUAUGGAACAAAUUGGCCUCUACACCCCGAGUCAGCAGUUAUAACAAGCUUCCUGAAGCGGCCUAUCCUUAUAUCAUCCUCAGAAGUGGCCACAUAAAAGGUCAUCACUCCAAAAAAUCUGUUGCUCUAAUAUUUCACUUCAUCCAGAUCGCUGUGCAACGAACUUGCAGCCUUGAAGGACUCUAGGUGAAACUGCCCCCUGCGAUACGUUUAUGAAACUUUUUUGUAGGACGUAGCUUCCAGAGUGCACCUUGCGAAAGCAGGCCAGUGGCUGGAGGACGCCGGGAGGAGAGGCAGCGUUCACUCAACACCAUUGUUGCAGGAAUCCUCGGGAGAACGUGAAUGUCUUGUGAUUGAGUCGCAUGGCCAAACUGCAGCAAGUCUAUGUGUAACAUCAACUUUAUGUAGGGCACCGAAACUUGGCGAGACCGACUGGAGCCAACAGAAUCCCAGUCUCUGGUCUCUCUCUCUUUUUCUCUGCUUCCUCAAAACAAUUCUGCUCCUCCACUGUCCUGCUCUUCGCCUCAGUCCUCCCUACCUCCCCGGGCUCAUUUGUCUUUGUGGCCUGAUUUUUUCAGCCUGUUCUUCCGCUCCUUCCAGCCGGCUAACCUUCAUCUCUUAGCUGCUGUGACUGUCGCAUACAAGUUCUGUCCUGGCCUUUCUACUUGGCUUCCUCCUGGUUUUGGACAGUUUUUCACUCUUAAGGCCGACACACAAAUUCAAAAAUUUGACUUGCGGCUCCUCUGUCAUGAAGCACAUGAUUGGAUAAUAAGCUUUGAAAAGGGGAGUACGACACCAUGAGACCUACAUACUGUUAUUAUGUGGCGAAUAAAAAAAAACAAAGUGAUCCUUUUGGAUAUCUGGACAUUUAGCUCUUCACAAAGAAUUUGUAGGUCGUCUUUUGCUUUUGAACUGAUCCAUAAACCCUAAAUCAUCCCGAUACCACUGCAUCUUUCAGAUCUCAUUUCUUUCCAGUCUUUUACAACCCCUGUUGCUUCACCUUUUCCUGAAUCACAAGAGAGCAUUAUUUUAGAACUGCCAGAUGUGUGGACCUUAUAUUGUGUUUACUUGGAACAAAGUGUUCACAUAAAAUAGGGGAAUGAAAUUGUCUGUGUUUCUGCUCUCAUUGGCGAGAGUCUUAAAGGUGACAGGGCUUGUCAGUGCUGGGGCUUUCAUAUGCUCCAGUUGUCGGGCUGUGUCUGACAUUUCCUUGUCACCUCACUGAAUGCGGGGAAGGAAGUGACAACCAGGCCGAGCUGCUGCCGUCUCUCUCUCGCUCUCUCUCCUCUUAGGAACCCAGACAUGUCUGGGGUGGAUCGGGAAGACUGUUUUGUGGAACACCAAGAUAGCAAGUUCUGCCUCGGAGGACGCUCAUCUGUCAACCGGAUACCGGGACCCAGCGUGUUAGAAUGAGGUACUCGUUCCAGGACGAGGAGGACAUGUUCAUGGUGGUGGACCUCCUGCUGGGGGGGGACCUGCGCUACCACCUGCAGCAGAGCGUCCAGUUUAGCGAGGAUGCCGUCAAACUCUAUCUCUGUGAGAUGACGCUGGCACUGGACUACCUGCAGAGUCAGCACAUUAUCCAUAGAGACGUCAAACCAGACAACAUCCUGCUGGACGAGCAAGGUCACGCUCACCUGACAGACUUCAACAUAGCAACAAUAAUAAAGGACGGAGAGAGAGCCACAGCCUUAGCUGGAACCAAGCCCUACAUGGCCCCAGAGAUCUUCCAGUCUUUUAUAAGUGGAGGCACAGGCUACGCCAUCGAAGUGGACUGGUGGUCGCUAGGGGUGACGGCCUUUGAAGUGCUGCGUGGAUGGAGGCCCUAUGACAUCCAUGCCAGCAACUCGGUGGAGUCUCUGAUUCAGCUCUUCAGUACAGUAAGUGUCCAGUACAACCCAGCCUGGCCCAAGGACCUGGUUUCCCUCUUAAGGAAGGAGGAGCUGAAUCAGCCUCUGACCGGCGGAGGGGGAAGUGAAGGCGAGGGGAGAGAGUUCACAUGCGACCGCGCUCUCGUUUCCAUCGUCCUCACGGAGCUGCUGACAGUGAACCCAGAGCAUCGUUUCUCCAGCCUGUCUGACAUGCAGGCGUCUCCCUACCUCGCUGAUGUCAACUGGGACGCCGUGUACGAGAAGAAGAUGGAGGCCGGCUUUGUUCCUAACAAAGGUCGCCUUCACUGCGACCCCACCUUCGAGCUGGAGGAGAUGAUCCUGGAGUCGCGUCCGCUUCACAAGAAGAAGAAGAGGUUGGCCAAGAACCGGUCUCGAGACAACAGCAAGGAUUCACAGUCUGAGAACGACUACCUACAGGAGUGCCUUGAUGUGGUGCAGCAGGAGUUCAUGAUCUUCAACCGCGAGAAAUUGAAGAAGCGUCAGGAGGAGGGUCAGUCCGAGGCCGGAGGCGAUGACGUCAGCGCCGACGGGGACGGAGAGGCCGAGGCCGGGGCCACCGACGACGACGCGCCGGAGCCAGAACCGGAGCCGGAACCGGAGCCGGAGCCCGAGUCCUCCUCCAAACGGAGCAUGUGCGGCUCUGUGUGCUCGUCCCCCGGCAGCUGCUAGCGCCGCGGCGCCUCCCGGCGGUGCUCGCGGGUCUCUGUGGCCACUGCGGUGCCAAAAGAUACACUCUCACCUCUCAGCGCAGCGGGGGCGACGUGACGCACAGCAGGACCCCAAACGUCUCCGGGCGUUCCCCUUUUUUCCCUCUCUUACUUUCUGUAGCAUCCUUCGGGUAAGGCGUGAAUGAAGCAGAUUUACAGAGAGCCCCCGUCGUACUUGUACCAUCCGCCCUAGAGUAAGCUCUAACUUCUAUGCAAUGUUACAGUAUAGCAUGACAAACAACGCAUCACUUAGGUGUUAGGUGUUCAGGAGCAUGACGACAUCCUGAGCAAUCGCAGCCCACUGGGUUGGUGGGACACGUCCCCUCUCAGCCUUCCUGUUGAAAACCAAGUGUGGGGAAACUCAAAUAUUCAACAGACGCUCGUGCUCGGUUGCUGCUGUCGCCUGCGUCUUCAGCUCCCUCUCCUCCACAGCCCCGUUUGUGGCCCGGUUCAGAACAUUCUCGUGCUCCUGGAGACGACGGGGCUGGGUUGAUAACUGGACGCAGCACGGGCCAGGAUGCUAGUUGGAGUCCUUCCCUCUGAGUUAGCGAACGCUUUCCCCGAGCUUAUUUUAGGAUAAGUGCUGUCAUUCGUGGCAAACCAGUGCAGCCGUCGGGGUGAAUGGUUGUCGCUGUGUCCGUAACAGUUGCUAGGUGUAGAACAGUGUUUAAUCUUUGCACCGUGCUCUGAUGCACAGAGCAUUGAGCAACUGCCCCAACUACGAAUCACCAACCACCUCCUCCUCUAAGAAUCGUGUUGUUUCACUAGGCUUCAUCUCUUAAGUACUCAGUUUGUACGAAGGUCGUGUGGUGGGGGCUGUACAGUAUAAAUGUGUAGCUGUGCCCUCUUGCUCUUUUAAAUUGUAUAGAUGAACUAGUCUAUUACUGUCAUAGUGAUAGUGGUUCCAUUAAGGUGGGCCCAUAAAUCCCAGUCCUAACCGCUGGGAACAUGUAGCAAAUGUCCACCUUAAAACACUAAGGCCUCAUAAAAAUGAAAAACCCUGUAAAUAGCUCAAUGUGUAGGGUCUUAAACUCGCCACAGUUUUAUGUGGGGACUGCGUUACUAGACAUAGAAACUCAAGGAGGAGCCAGGCGCAGCGUUCUGCGGCUUCGCUCUGCUCCUCCUCUCCAAGUGUGCAGGCACAACUUGUAGGCAAACUAUGCCAAAGCUUUUCUACCAUUUGCAUAACCAUUUCUAAGGAACUUUGAGUGUGUGAACAUGUGUCUCUUUUUCCCAGGAUAACAUGGGGGGGGUUGCACUUAUCAUUUAUAUGACCAUAGUAUGAUAACAUGAUAACAUACUGUAUGAAUUAUCUAUUUCAGGUAAGACGGGAGUUUCACAUCUAAGGCAUUUGGGGAAAUUAGCCUGUUUGCUGCCUUUUAAAGAAAUAAAUCCUGCUACGACUCGUCUGCAGGGAGCUGGAGCUGGCGGUGAUUAGCCGAGUUCUCUAAGGACUUAGAAGAUCCACCUAACGGGGUCUAAAGCUCACUAAUUGGCACAUUGUGUUGUGUGUUUAAUCCAGCCACAGCCAGAUGCAAACGCUGCCCUGGACGCACAGAAAAGGCAUUUUUGGCAAAUUUUAUUUGUAUUUUUCAGGCUUUUACCAGUGAGCAGAGCUCCUGGUGGUUCAGCAUUAUGGCUGGCUCAGCGAUUUGACCCUCCUCUGUAAUGCUGAGCUAAGCAGACGAGACAGUGGUGUCCGUCUCAUCCUCAGAGAAAGCAAAACAGUGCGAUUUCUUGCAUCCUUAGACGUUAUGAUUAGAUGCAGACGCUUCUCUAAGCGGUUAUAAAGUGGCAUCUGUCCUAAUCUACAGUAUGUGAUGAAUAAUCUCAAACCCUUUGCUGUUUUUCUUUGCUUUUUGCAUGUACAUCUACAGUAUAAGCCUAUUUUUAUUUUUUUGCCGAAGCCUGGAGCGUGAGCCUUACCGCCUGAUUUGUGCAUGCACGAGCUUCUGGUAAUAGCGUACCUUGAUGCUCACCUGAUGACCGACGCGGUCCAGAGUCGGAGUAUCAGAGAGUGGCCUGCAUGACUGUUCCUGGACAGUUUUUUUUGUGAACUUUAAACUGUACAAAAGCCGUAUAAUCCCAGUGUUACAUGGAUGGCAUGAUAGUCUUAGAUGACACGCAGUACCUUUUGGCGUCCCGUCGGUCGGCUCGACGAUUCGUUCUAAGUAUACGGGCUCGUGGCCUUGGUGUGUGUGUGUGUGUGUGUGUGUGUGUGUGUGUGUGUGUGUGUGUGUGUGUGUGUGUGUGUGUGUGUGUGUGUGUGUGUGUGUGUGUGUGUGUGUGUGUGUGUGUGUGUGUGUGUGUGUGUGUGUGUGUGUGUGUGUGUGUGCGUGGAUUGAGGUCAGCAACUCCGUGUGAUCCUACGGUGUGACUUAAAUGUUGCAUUAUUGUCUGCAGUGAGGGAAGAAGAAACGGGAACUGGGGCAGGUUUUCAUUUCACCCCAGCGCAGGAUUUGCUGCAUUAUUAAAACCCUGAAUGUCUGUGCAAAGGGAAAGCUCAGUUAUUUCCAACAAAUUCCCUCUACUCACCGUCACAUUCAGCAUCGGCUUGAAGUGUAAUUACACGGUAAUCAUUUGUAAAUCGUUACAGAUGGGUUUUGGUUCUUAAUUGAAGUGUAGCUUCGCUCUAAGUUGCAACACUUACUACAGUUUUUUCCCCAUUUAUUUCUGGCUGUUGGUGAUUUUUCUUAAUUGGACUGUGCUUGCAGAUUCUCCUGACAUGUUUCUUCAUGUGUUAAUGUUCUGGAUGCCGUUAGGUGUUUUCAACAAAGGCUUUGUGCUAGUGUUUGACCAGCAGCAGCAUGUCUCCUAUUCAGUCUUUUCCUGACCAGUGCUCUUGAGGUGUAUCAUGCUGUAAUGUCUGAAAUCAUUCUGAAACUCAGUGCCCUGUGGAGAAAAAAAAUCCAGAAGAAAACGUGAUCUUUGCCUCUUAUUUCCUCUUUGUGAUCUAUUUUGCAUUAUCUCGUGCUGCAAGAUUUUUACAGGGGGACGAGUGAAAGCCUUGUUAGUACUAACUGAAGCUGCGCCGUGUGUUUCAAACAUGCUGCUUUACCUGCUUUGAUAAAGAAAUAAAACUCUUCCUGGAC